AUGUUUAACCGCGCCAAGUUGCUGCAACGUGCUGCCAAGGUGGGUGCUGGAACGCUGUUGGGCGGAUCGGUGCUGACAGGUACGACGGCUCUCAGCAGUGAUCAGAUUGAAGCACUGCACUACGGAUUCGACUACCAGGGCCCACUGUCCUCGUUCGACUACGCUAGCGUGCGUCGUGGGUAUCAGGUUUACCGUGAGGUUUGCGCGUCAUGCCACAGUCUGGACCGCAUUUGCUUCCGCAACUUGGUGGGCGUGACUCACACUGAAGACGAACUGAAGGCCAUUGCGGCUGACACGGACGUUAUGGACGGCCCGAACGACGUGGGCGAGAUGUUUGAGCGACCAGGCAAGCUGUCGGACCCGCUUCCGCGGCCGUACCCUAAUGACGAGGCUGCUGCUGCUGCUAAUAAUGGCGCUAUACCGCCUGAUCUCUCGCUGAUGGUUAAGGCUCGUCAUGCCGGUGCUGACUACCUGUUCGCGCUUCUGACGGGUUAUGUCGACCCGCCUGAGGGAAUGGAGCUGCUGGAUGGCCUGCACUACAACCCGUACUUCGGCGGUGGUGCGAUUGCCAUGGAGCGCCAGUUGCAGGACGGCCAGAUCGAGUACGAAGAUGGCACGCCAUGCACGACCUCGCAGAUGGCUAAGGACGUGUCGGUUUUUCUUGCUUGGGCUGCCGAGCCCGAGCAUGAUGUGCGGAAGAAGCAAGGUAUGCAGGCAACGAUUGUCCUGGCGGCACUGUGCGGUUUAACUGGCUACUACAAGCGCCUGAAAUGGGCGCCACUUAAGACCCGUAAAAUUACGUACACCAAGUAA